CUUUGUAACAGGCGUGAUUGUAGAACGGACAGCGGAACGGAGCCAUCUCUCUCCGUCAGACACAAAAGCUUUUUCGCCAAUUCCAAACUUCCAGAGGCUACCAUCUUCGGAACCACUUACUUCUGGCUGCGUGAGUUCGGCUCUUUCAGAACGAAGUCUUUCGAGUUCGGAGUCAGUCGGAAGAUGUUAACCCAUUGGGAGCAGUAUUUACGAAGAAUUUUCACUGUAGAGAUUGACGGAACGAAUGUCAGGCGAAGGAAGUACAACCGCGGUAGACGUGUGCGUAGAAAGGAAUGGCUGUUCGGUGGCAUUGGAAGAGGGAGUGGUCGAGCCUUCAUGGUGCUUGUGAAACUUCAUUCGACCGGGAACUACCAUCAUGUCGGACUCAUGGAGAGCGUACUCACAGCUGUCGCGACUGCCAGCCGGCUACAGGCACCGGACAGUUACAUGCUCCAUUUCGUCGAUCCACUAACUGGGGCACACACCCAAAAUAUCGAAUCCUUGCGACAGAAGUUCAAGAUGAUUCCCAAGAAAAAGUUCGGAUUGAACACCAAGCGGUACUCUGACUACACCAAAGAGUUCCUAUGGCGUCGAAAAUUUGGAAAACUCAGUAAAAUCAUCUUCAACUUCUUUAAACAUGUCACGCGGUUAUAUCCCUGCUAA